GCGAAAGCCCGAUGUUACUUCUUUCAUUUCGCAUAGACCGUCUGACAACUCCCGAACCUUGCAAAAUUCGCUCAGGCGAAGACCUUGCGACGGCCUCUUGAAUUUGCCCCUCCUGAUUGCCUCCCAGAUUUGCUUUUCCUCCCUACAAGUACUUGGGUACUUAGUAGUAGGUGAUCGGUCCUUACCAUCCGGAAACAGAGCGCCCCCUCGAUCUGUCGCUUCGGCCCAGCACGCACGCGGCGCGCUCCCCUCACCCCCCUGGUCUUUCCUAUAUCUGCGCGCUCCCCCCCCCCCCUACCUUUGCAAGCUGCCUCCUCCCCAGAUCUUUGCGUGCGCCACCGCCAUGGCAUUCUCCCGCCUCUCCUCCCGCUUCGCUUCUCUCUGCCUUCUCCUCGCAAUCGCGUCUCCGUGCCUGCUGACGUCAGCGCAAUUCCCGGUCCCGUCGACGUACGACGGCUUGGUCUACGGCGCUGACGUCAGCGAGCGGCAGCCCGUUCUUCUGGAGGCUUUCCUGGAUCUGACGUGUCCGUCCUGCCAGGCGGCGUGGCCCGUGUUGCGCCACGUGGCGAAGUUCUACGGGACGAAGCGGCUCCGGUUUGUCGUUCACCUGUUCUCCAAUGCUUUCCACCACAACUCCUACUUCGCGUCGCAGGCCACCAAUGCCGUCGCCGCCAUCAACGGCUCGCUCGCGUUCCCCUGGAUCGACGCCGUCUUCCACGCGCAGGCCGACCUCUCACUGAGCGCCACGUGGCACAAGACGCCCGAGCAGGUCGCGGCGCAGCUGGCGCGGCUCGCGGAGGAGCGCCUCGGGAUUGCCGAGGAGAGCUUCAAGGCGAAGUUUGUGGACCCUAACGUGGAGUGGAGCACUCGGAUCGCCUUCAAGUACGGCUGCUCACGUGCUGUCGUGGCAACGCCAACCUUCCUGGUGAACGGAGUGCUGGUGCCGAGAGCAACGGAGGAGUGGACAAUCUACGAUUGGCGGGCGCUCAUCGAUCCCCUCCUUCCGCCACCUGUCCUGGCCGCAGACACUCGCUCCCCUCGAAAGCUUGCACUCGAGUGACUCAACUAGCUUGCAAACGCCUCUAGGGCCCCCUUCUGCCCCCGCCUGUCCUGGCCUCAAGCGCCCGCUCCCCUCCAAGGCUGGCACUCGAGUGACUCCCUCCCUCCCAGCCUUGCCAGCUUUAUGGUUCAGUUGAAACUUGAGGACAUUUGGUAGGAGUGGGUCCCGCGAGUUGUGGGAAAGAAUGUAUGGCUUUAAUUGUGAUUCGAGCCUGGUCUGGUUAGGGUUUGUGGGAAUACGCCCCUGUUGCCCAGCACACUGCCUUUCCUCGGACUCAUAGAGUGUUGGAAUACGGUUCGCUUCUGUGGUUCCGUCCGUUCCGUGUAUAUGGUGU